GAGUUUAGAUAUUGGGUAUUGAGCAUAUGUUUAUAGAUUGAGACAUUGUAGGUUGGGGGGUCAAUCAAAAAUUUUCGGAACCGUCUCAUGGCUUUGCUCCAAGAUGAGGGUUAUCGAGCGGAGCUACUGUCGGAUCUUCAAGCUGACUACACAAAGUUUUUUUCAAUGGCAGAAAGAGAACUGGAGGGGAUAUCGAAGACCAAGCCAGUUGAUCAAUAUGUCAGACUACAAAAGAUCGGGCAGGGUACGUUUGGAGAGGUUUUUAAGGUGAGGCAUAAAUCAACGAAACAGCACUUUGCACUGAAACGAAUUCGAAUGGAACAAGAAAAAGAAGGAUUCCCUAUAACUGCUUUACGAGAAAUACGCAUAUUACAGUCCCUUAAUCAUGAAAAUAUAGUGUGUUUAAAGGAAAUAUGCCACAGUCCACCGAAUGCUGGUAAUGGGUUCAAACCACAAUUCUAUCUUGUCUUUGAGUUUUGUGAUCAUGAUCUUGCUGGCUUAAGUCAGCAGAUUGAUUUCACUGAACCAGUCAAAAAAGCAAUAAUGAAACAACUAUUUACCGGUGUUUUCUACCUUCAUCUAAACAAUGUUCUCCAUCGUGAUUUAAAAGCUGCGAACAUUUUGAUUGAUAAAAACGGUAUUCUUAAAAUAGCAGAUUUUGGUCUGGCUCGGACCACUGUUGCCUCUAUCCGUCCUGACCGCCCAACACGUUAUACUGGACGAGUCGUUACUCUGUGGUAUCGACCUCCUGAAAUUCUCCUAAAUGACCGCCAUUAUGGAAAGCCUGUAGAUAUGUGGGGUGCUGGUUGUAUUAUGGCUGAAUUAUGGACAAAGUAUCCUAUUAUGCAGGGGGACAAUGAGAUUAGUCAGUUGAACCUUAUCAUUAAUCUCUGCGGAUCUAUAACACCUGAAAUAUGGCCAGGUGUAGAACGUUUGGAAACAUUUAGAGAAGCUCGUCUACCUCAAGACAUUAAACGACAUGUUCGAGAGAAAUUGACCCCCAAAAUCUCUUCUCUUGCUGCUGUAGAUCUCAUUGAUCAAUUACUUGUCUUGGAUCCCAGCAAGCGUCUUGAUGCUGAGCAGGCACUUUCACAUGACUAUUUUUAUGAAGAUCCUCCCGUAGGUGAUUUGCGAUCUUUUUCCAAGUCUGGGACAUCUUAUCUGGAAUUCUUGUCAUCAAAUAACGCUCGUGGUCGUAUGUUACAGGGAGCGAAUCGUCCAGGGAUUGUACGUGGUCCGGUUGUUGGGCCUGGGCAGCAAAUGAAUUAUCUUAAUGGGCCUGGCAUCAUGCAUCCUAAUCGUCGUCUACCUUUACCAGAUGACAAUUCGUACUAUGAGCGUGUUUUUUAGUCUGAUGUGCUUGUGUCUACAAUACUUUUUGAAAUAUUACUUCCAAAACUCAUGUGUAAAUAGUUCACUUUGAUCUUAUUUUCCCUCUUCUUUUGUCAACUCCGUUUUUUACUUUUUCAUGUCAUGCAAUCUGAAUACCAUAAACACUUGGUAUUUAAACAUAUAUUUCUAUGUAUUCAUUCUGUCUUGCGCAAUAAUAUUUAAAACUCUUUGCAUGUGAUAACAAUGUUUGAGUUUUCAGAUAUAUUUAAUAUACGCCAUAGAAGUAUUGGAA